CGGGACAAUUGUGUUCUGUUCUUUGAAUUCUUUUCCCACAGACAGAACAUUUUUGUUUUGCUUGUGGGAACAGAGAUUUCUGGGACAGUUCAGUUCAAUAAAAUUGUAUUCGCAUGGAUCCGCGUAGGUCCGCAUGGAUCCGCGUGGAUCCGCGUAGGUCCGCAUGGAUCCGCGUGGAUCCGCGUAGAUCCGCGUGGAUCCGCGUGGAUCCGCAUGGAUCCCCGAUCCGCCUUUUCCCCCUUGGGUACGAGUCAUCAGAGAAGAAAACAACAGUGAAAGACAAUACUAAAAACAUUGUUUUCAAAGAAAUUUUGUAAAUUUGUUGUUUUAGAAUAAAAUGAAGAUUAUGUGAAUAAAUUCUUCUGAUACAACGGAGAUAAACCUUUUAAUAAUAUACCUGAUAAUCCGCUGAUCCUCACAAAAAACUUGCUUUCUAUGAUAUAAAAAAACGACCGUGCAGUAUCCAUGGGGUCUCGCUAGUCAUUACCUAUUAGUAUUAUUAAUCCUCAGACGAUAAAAGAAACAUCAAUUCGAGAUUUAAUAAAUGAACAAGCAACAUUUAUGUGGUUUCAAUUAUUUUUAGAAACUCUCUUACAAAUGCCACAAACAGUUGAAUCAAAAAAUGAGAUGAUUAAUGAAUGUUUAUUCAAUUAUGAAAACGACGAAAUAAAGAAAAAGAAAAUUAUUGAAUUUCAACAAAGACACUCGUCUGACACUUGUAUUCAAUGGUACACACAUGAUAGUUUUUUGUAUCGUCUAUUGAAUAGAGCACUGCGUACACAAAAUACAAACAAUAUAUUUAAAUAUCGAUUUUUUAUUAAAGAUCUUUAUCAACAAUUGGAAAAUCUUUUAGCAACAACAAACGACCAAAAACAAUUAGGAAAACCUUUUGCUGAUAUUCAACAUUAUUCAUAUAAUAAGGAUGAAAAUGAAAUAUUAUUUUCAAUGGGUACAGUAUUUCGUAUUGUUAGUGUUGAAUUAUUCACCGAGGAAAUAUGGUGUGUAAAACUGAUAUCAAACAAAGAAGAAAAUAAAAAUUUAAACGAUUUGAUCACUCAUUUUAAAAAAGAAAUUAAUAAAAUAGAACAUCAUCUGUUGAUAUUGGGUAAAUUCUUAUAUUUCAUGAAUGAUUUACAUAAAGCAGAAAAGUAUUAUCAUCUCUUGUUUGAUCAAAUAUCAUCAUCAGCAUUGCUCUUCGAUGAUUAUUAUUAUCGUAAUGAGAUGAUUGCGGCACUUUUCAAUAAUCUUGGUUUAGUAUAUUAUACUAGGAGAAAUUUUGAAUUAGCGUUAGAAUAUUAUAAAAAUGCUCUUGAUAUUUAUUUGUCACACGAAAAUAAAUUCAUUUUCCAAUACAACGAUCUAUAG